UUUCGUGUUAUGGGAGUUAAAGAAAGUUAAUUUUUUUUUCUUCAUGUUUUCCUUUGACUAUGUGUGACGCUUUUGACGACUGGGAGAAGACAUGGAGACAAGAAAAUUAGAUGGAAGUUUCUUUAAAACUGCCCUGAAUAAAGAUGAAGUUGAAAAUAUUCUCAGUGAAAUUAGUAAUCUUAAAAUGACUGAGAGAGAGAAUGGCAAAUACAAUAAAAAUAAUGAAGUGAAAUGUGAAAGCCUUUGUCCAGCUCCUCAGAACAUUUGGUGUCUUGGUCUGCAAACUCCAAGAACUCCUGCUCCAGGGAUCCUACAACUGUUGCCAUCUCAGUCAUAUGAUUUUGUGGGAGAAGAAGAUUACUCUUCAAAAAAAAUUUCCCAAAUUAGGAGAAUGGAGUAUAACGACUUUUAAAGACAAUAUUAUUCGCACAGGGAGAGAACUUCCUCGUACCCCAUUAUGCACAAAUCAACAAGGGAAAUUGUUACUAAAAGCUUUAAAGGAGGAUAUAGCACUGAAUGCGAGACAUUCAACAGGUGUAGUUGGACCUAGUCAUUCAGAAUGUGAAACACUUAAGUUACAGAUUGAUGCUGAUGUGCUGGAGAAACUUUUGAGGGAGGAGACUUCUGUAAAGACUUGUGCCUCAAAUGCAUGGGUUUACACUAGGAAAAAAGAUUCCAUUUGCCAAUGUAUGCAGCAGCCUGAUCACAACCACAUCAUCUCUGGCAAUACAAAAAAUGGCAAGGAGGUGGCACCACCACUAGUUGAGGAUGAGCAAGAAUUACAAGAAAUAGUUGAACCUCUGCAAGGUUCUCCAGUAUCAAAGUGUUUCACUACUACAACGAACAGGAGAAGACUAAGUCAGAUACCAGUUCAAGGGUUGAGUGAGAUGAAUAUAUCAAUGAUGAUUAACAGAAUAAAAGGCUACCAAUGCACUAAAGAAGAUAUGGAAUUUCUUCGACACAUGAAAAACCAAGAAAAAGCACAGAAAUUGAAGGCAAAAUAUUUACAUCUACAAAAGGAACUAACCAGCAUGGUUCAGACAAAGGAGCUGCUAUUAGCACAGCGAGAGAAAGUGCAAGAAGAGAUUGUACAAAUGAAAACAUCUUGUAAUAGAACAGUCCAACUCGGAAGAGCCUUCCUGGGUAAGAAAAUGGAUCCUGCCGCUCUCGAAGCAUUGCCACCAAAAGCUGUGCUUGGGCAGCUGAAUCCUGUGAAACUGCAGCAUGUUCAACAGCAAGAGAAGGCUGAACUUCAGGCACUUACAAAAGAGCUAAAGAAGUUAAAACAUUCCAUUGCCCAACUGCCUCAGAAACAGGGAAUAAGGCUGGAAAGAGAGUCUUAUAAACAACGGAUACAGGAAGCGAAACACAGAGUACAGAAAGUACAAGAAGAUGUGGAGAAUCUGAAGCGCAAAGUUAAAGCAGCACAGUCAAAACUAGCAGAAGUUCAGGCACACCUGUGUGAUACAAGAGUUGAAAUAGGGAAGUGGCACACUUUGAAAGAGAAGACAGCUGUUUCUCAGCCACUAGAGAAUGCCCAAGAUUCUGUCAAUGAUCAUCUUAAGAGAAGACUUAACAGAAUCUUGCGAAGAACAGAUCUCUUUUUAGAAAGGGAAAAAAUUGAAAGACUUAGUCUUUUGCAAUGAGACACCCCCCCCCCUUGCAAAAAUCUGAUGGCUAGGUCAAAGAGGCUUUUAGGGUUGCCACUGUACAUACAGAUCUCUCCCUGUUGGGCACCUGAGUUUUCCAAAUUCUAUACCCUGUCUGUGUUGAAAGUGUGAACAAAUCUGCUGUAUUAAUAAGUUAAGAUACAGCCAGAAUCAUGAAGAUAAAAGUUGGGGUUAAUGGCUAUUUAGAGUCCUGUAUGUGAAAGUUGAGUUUUAAAUGACACUGUAAAUACAGGUUUUUUCUGUGUUACUGUUAAAGUAAGGAAACUAACUGUUUCAGACCCAGUGGUUUGAACACCUUAAUCAUAGUCAUCCUGGAGGAGGAAUUAGGAAUUUUGCACACUGGAAGGAGUUAAAUUAUUCUUUAAUAAUCCUGGUGUCACUUUGUAUCUGAAAUUAAUUCCU